AUGGGCCAAGAAAUCUCCACACCAAAUGAAGAAAGCAAAGGAGGAAGCUACAAAAAAAACUUGAAAGGAAACAAUACAAAAGGGGACCAGAAAGAAAAUAAUUUGCAAAUGUCCAAAAAAAUUGCUCAAAAUAGUUUUAACAAUAGUAAGUUAAGACCAGGGAUGUUCAUACAAAAUAGCAACGUGGUUUUUAAUGAGCAAUAUAAGGGAAUAAAAAUUUUGGGCAAAGGAUCCUUCGGAGAAGUUAUACUCAGUAGAGACAAACACACAGGACAUGAGUACGCUAUAAAAGUGAUAAGCAAGAAGCAUGUAAAGAGAAAGACGGACAAGCAAAGUCUCCUGAGGGAAGUGGAGCUGUUAAAGAUGCUAGACCACAUCAACAUCAUGAAGCUAUAUGAAUUUUUUGAGGACAACAAUUACUACUACUUGGUGUCUGAUGUUUAUUCUGGGGGGGAACUAUUCGACGAGAUUAUUAGCAGGAAGAGGUUCUAUGAAGUAGAUGCGGCGCGGAUCAUAAAGCAGGUUCUGAGUGGCAUCACCUACAUGCACAAGAAUAACGUCGUGCAUAGGGAUUUGAAGCCGGAAAAUAUUUUAUUGGAGACCAAGAACAAGGAAGACAUGAUUAUUAAAAUUAUUGACUUUGGCUUGUCUACGCAUUUCGAGUACAGCAAGAAGAUGAAGGACAAGAUCGGCACUGCGUAUUACAUUGCGCCCGACGUCCUGCAUGGAACGUACGACGAGAAGUGCGACAUUUGGUCCUGCGGGGUCAUUCUGUACAUUUUGCUCUCAGGAUGCCCGCCGUUCAACGGAUCGAACGAAUACGACAUUUUGAAGAAAGUGGAGACGGGCAAGUAUACGUUCGACCUUCCCCAGUUUAAAAAGAUAAGUGACAAGGCAAAGGACCUAAUUCGAAAAAUGCUCAUGUACACAAGUGCAGUGAGAAUUUCCGCUAGAGACGCACUGGAGCAUGAGUGGAUAAGGCUCAUGACGAGUAAGGACAAUGUGAGCAUCGACAUUCCCUCCCUCGAGCUCAGCAUCACAAACAUAAGACAAUUUCAAAGCAUUCAAAAGUUAGCACAGGCAGCUCUGCUGUACAUGGGAUCAAAGCUUACAACCAUAGAUGAGACAAAAGAACUCACCAAAAUAUUUAAACGAAUGGAUAAAAAUGGAGAUGGUCAGCUAGAUCGAAAUGAAUUAAUAAUAGGAUACAAGGAAUUAUUGAAACUGAAAGGAGAAGAUACAAGCGACUUAGAUAAUGCAGCUAUUGAAUAUGAGGUGGAUCAAAUUUUGAGCUCCAUUGACUUAGAUCAAAAUGGCUACAUAGAAUACUCUGAAUUCUUAACAGUGUCUAUUGACAGGAAAUUACUUUUGUCGACUGAACGUCUGGAGAAGGCAUUCAAACUGUUUGACAAAGACGGCUCGGGAAAAAUAUCGGCCAAUGAGUUGGCGCAGCUGUUCGGGCUCAGCGACGUGGGGUCCGAAUGCUGGAAGACUGUUCUGAAGGAGGUGGACCAGAACAACGAUGGGGAAAUCGACUUUAAGGAGUUCCGGGAUAUGCUGGUCAAGAUGUGCAACUAUUAG